AUGAAGCGCGUAGUUCUAACAAGAGUAGUGGUGGUAAUAGUGGUGCUACUGUUCGCACGCGGGUCCGUGCACGGCGCAAGGCCACUGUCUGCGAACGUUGCCAGCCCGAAUGGCGCCUAUCCUGGCAUGCAGCUGCUCAGCGAGUCCGUGCACGACGAGCAGCCGGCCGCGGAUGACCGCAAUCCGAUACUGGUGCUGACGAAGGACAGUGGUCAAACGAAGGAUGUAUCGCUUCUUCACGACGGUAUGCCCGAUCCGAGCCCGCUGAGCCUUGAGCGUCUGCUGGUGCCAAGGGAGAGCCUGGUGUACCCCGAGCGGGAGGGUCUGAGCACCGCCGAAGAGGAGGAGGAAGAAGCGGAAGAGGAUGCUAUGGAAGACGAAGAGGAGGAUCAGGCGGAGGAGGAGGAGGAGGAACCGCAGGAGGAAGAGAUGCGUGAGCGUGAUGGGUUAACGGAGGAUAGUGAGGAGAGCCGUCGCUUUCCGACAUUCUACGUACGUCCAAACCACAGUUCCGGGACAAAAAUGGCACCAGGUGAUGACCUGCGACGGCAUUCCAAUCCCUGUGGCUCUGGCAUCCUCGAGCAGUUGAAGUCUUCGGAGCACGUUGUACCGGUGCGGCGUAGCCCAGAAGAGGAGGACACAAACUUUUACAUCGACGUCACGCACGAUAUGUUAGAAACGAGUACCGGAAUUGUUCCGCGAGUCAUUUACCGAGUGGAAGCAAAACGCUCUCCAGACACACAAAUUCGGGAUUUUUACAUAGAAUCUCUAAGCGGUGAUCCGUAUAAUUUCGAGCAAUCGACGGCACGCCCAAUUGGUCAGUUCACCUAUCGGAACGUGGAUAGUGACGGUCACAUGGAGCACGGCUACAAGCAGUCACCCGGUGACGUGGAUAGCAUUCCGCGCAGUACCUGGAUCGAUGACUUGGAAAUAGACUGGCUUCAUCAUGCAUACGCCACGCAGCAGCAGCAGCAGCAACACCACAGGCAGCGCGUUAUAUUCGGUGAACCGUUUCCUUCGUACUUCGACGUGGGCAACGACCAUGAUUCCACGCGAGCCGACGACGAAGACGACAAUAUCCUGGGCGAGAAUUCGUUCGAAUUUGAGGAGGCAGGGUUGCGACCGCAACGACCACUAAACACUAGACGGCCAGGUAAAGGGUGUCCGCGCAAUGUCUGGAAGCAUGAUGGUAUGGGAGAGGAGCAGGUGACCAUCAACUGGUCCGUUCCGGGGACACAGGCGCAUGGGUCAAGUUUAAACAACUCCAGCAGUAUGUCGGGUGGAAGUAUGGAGAGUCAGAGUAAAACUAUUUACUUUAGAAUAUUAUAUCGUACAAUGACUAGCUACGUGAUCUACGAAUUGAUCUAUACAAUGGUGCUUUUACGAGAGUGUAGCUUAUAUCUCAGGCAAUCACAAGGAAGGAUCGCAUCGAAUAGUCUCCCAACUGGGUACCAGGACUGUAGUUUAACCUUCCCAUCACGGCCGACCUCCCAACCAGAUAAACUACCCGGAUUGCUAGUUCAACUGACCCGACUCAAUACACCUUGCCGAGGCGGUGGGUAUCUCCGCUUUAUGGCUGAUUCGAACCAACAGGACACCAGCAGCGGCGAGACUGGUGGUAGUAGCAACAAUCACUUCAACAGUCCGGACGAUGAGCAAUCGAGUGCUCGAGAUGAUCAUCAAACCAUAUCACUCUGCGGCAAACUGGAGGAGCUACCUGCAUCGGAGCGGGCGUUUCACUUUCAAUCACAUCAUAACACUACCCUGUGGCUACAUAAUUCGCCACUGUUUAGCUUACAGUACCGACUAGUUGACUACUGUUACAACAUGACGCUGCGGGAACAGAACGGAACGGUGCAAUUGCGGCCCGGCGAUGGGUCGCUUGACUGUUACUUUCGCAUUCAUCUACCGUACGGAUAUCGAAUAGCGUUGCACCUGCUGACGAAUGAAUGGCAACAGGGUCGCCAUACGGGGGCACUCAACGACAGCAAUGUCCCCGCUGUUCGCCAUGAAUCCAUUGAGCUUGGCAUGAGCGAUACCGACGCUGGAAACCAACAGUUUCUGGCACCAAUCCGUUGCUCUUCGGCAAAUGGUAUGCUGGUGGAGGUGUAUGAAGACGGUGGACAUCGGUGGACGUCCUGUAUCAACAGUAGUUCAGAUACGACCCGCUACACAUUGACGUCCAGUGGCAACAACAUAGUGGUUAAAGUCAGCAAACUACAGCAACCAAUCUUUGAAGAUACGGGGAUCGAUGAUAGCCGUGAUGCAAGUGGUCCAUUGCCCUCACAUUCGUCAUCCUCAUCCUCAUCGCCAUCAUUGCCCUCACCUUCGGUGUCUAGAAUGCGUGCGAAUGGAUCAGCGACACUGUUGUUUGAGUACAGGGCGAACCCGAUUGAAUCCAUCACUUCACGUUGUGCCUUUGGUUGGAUAGCAACCACUCAGUUCUGCAUUUCGUCCAUCGAGCGACGGCUGUCGUGGCAGGAGGCUGAAGCCGAAUGCAACCGGCUCGGUGGCCAUCUAAUGUCAAUACGCUCGAGCGAGGACCAGCAACUAACCGAUCAACUGCUCUUCAACAGCCCGACUUACAAAGAUGAUAAUGCGUACUGGAUUGGUGCGUCCGAUCUCAUCGUGGAGAGUGACUUUAGGUGGAAUGAUAAGUUUGCCUUCACAUACUCGAAUUGGUUUCCAGGAUGGGUGCACCAGGAAAACUAUAAUCGGCAACCGAAUGAUGACGGACUAAGUGGGCAGGAUUGCGUCGAAAUUCGACGCCACUUUCAGAUUGCGACCAGCAGUGGGCAGACGACUCCCACCGUUAGUCCGCUAACUUUGUCGUACAUGUGGAACGAUCGGAAUUGUGAUGCACGUAACUACUUCCUCUGCGAGCGGAUGAUGGAUGAAGAGCUUCCUGAGCGACUUUGGAACGAGUCUGAAUGUAACGUAACCGUCACACUCAGUGCGGAACGAUCGAAGGCAACAAUUUGGAGCCCGGGAUUUCCCCAACAGUACCCUGACAGUGUUGACUGCUAUACCCUUAUUCAGGCUCCGCUAGGCUACCGUGUAGUGCUGGACUUUGAGGAGAUGGUGCUGGAGAAUGAACCACUCUGCUCCUAUGAUUAUCUGCAACUGGUCGAACCGGACAUGACCGGUCCCUAUGUGCCGUCAAAGUCUGCGAAAGACUUUUCCAGCACCGUGCUGUUUCGCUUCCGCAAUUCACGCCACAGUGGCCGUUACAACGUACAACAUCGGCGAAAGAGUACAAAGACGGGACAGAAUACUCCCGGUGCGGGUAGGAGUGGUGCUGACGGCACUGGAAGCGGUGACAGUGGCGUUGACAUAGAGAACAGAAGCGAUAUCAACUUCAACGUACCGAGCAUCGUGCUGCAACCGAGUGAUUCAAGGUAUACGAGCAGCUUACCACUUCCGGAGCUAAGUUUGGGCAGUGUGCCACGGAAGAUAUGCGGCGACUGGAGCUCGAAGCUAAAGCUGCUUCGUUACGUAACGACGGGACCAUCGCUUGGCUUACGCUUCGUGUCGGACUAUUCGAACAACUACGGAGGAUACAAGGCGAGGAUCUCGAUGGAAAACGUGACAUCCGAGUGUCACGACGAACGGUUUAAGGCAUACAACAACUCUUGCUACUUGAUCAUCUCGUACCCCGAUGUGGAUUGGACGACUGCACAGCAAAUCUGUCGCGGUAUUGGAGCGCAACUCGCCUCUAUAUCAACAACGGAUGAGCAGAGGUUUAUUACGUCAAACAUUCGCAACAGUGUCGACUACACGCCAAGAUCCCUGUACUGGGUUGGCGGGGAGAUAACCGCCAACGGUAACCUGGAGUGGGUGGAUGGAGUGAAGCUGUUGUUUGAGGGCUGGUUACCUGGGCAGCGGCCAGAAAAAUCAGACACGUCUAAAAUUCCUGCAUGUCUAGGUCUUCAAUGGAAGGUGUCUCCAACACCAAUGAUUUCAUCAGGCUUACACUGGACAGCACAAAAAUGCUCUAUGAUCGGUGGAUACGUAUGUAAGAAGCCCCGACCACGACUGGAUGAAACUAUGGUGAAAAAUCAAACGCUUUCCGGUACGGAGGGCCAUCUACUGUCGCCAGGGUAUCCGAAUCCCUACCCUGCUCAAACCGAUUUCUGGAUACGGAUCAUUGCACCGGAGCACCGUCGCAUAAUCAUUCAGUUUCAGAAGCUAGACCUCGAACAUCAAGACGAGUGUCUGUAUGAUUACAUCAGUAUUCAAAACUAUCCAAUAUUACCAAACGCUCGCGGAGGUUAUUCGAGAGCUGGUGGAGAGAACGGUAAUGCCGCACCGUUGACAGAGUACUUCCAUAGCAAUGGAAGCACCAGCAAGCUUCAUACCGAUCACGCAGCAGUGAAAGAACACACCUCAACACAGACCACAGGAAGUUCAGCUGUAGAUGUAAAGAAGCAUUUUCCCUUUCCGGACAGCUUCUCCAGUAAGGAAAAUCAUACACAAUCUAGUGUUCGGUUCCAACGACGAAUCCGGUACGUUAGUACGGGCGCAGAAUACGCUACCAGUGAUCAGGACAUCACACCAGAACGGGAGGUAGCUAAUGUACACCCGGUAACGCUACUAAACGAUCCCCUGUUCCAGUUCAAUGAGCUUACUCCAUCGUUUCUGCCGUAUGUGCGUUGGUGCGGUACGCACGAUAGCAAUAUGGCACGGUUUAACUUUAUCUCCACGGGUAACGAGGCAAUCGUGCGCUUCCAUUCGGAUUUCUCCAUCAGUGGGACGGGGUUUUCGGCAACGUGGAGCACCGUCGAUAUGACCGGAUGUCCGCUGCAGACCAUUACCUCGAAGGAAGGCUCGAUACGUAGUCCGAACUAUCCAUACUUUCUGCUGAACAAUAUCGACUGUACGUACGUGAUACAGGCACCGUUCGGGAGGCGUGUUUGGUUGGAGUUUCUGCUGACCGAUCUAACGCAAGAUGCAACACUGCUGGUGGAUAUUGCUGAUGGCCCAUUCGAACCGUUUGCGGAUGAAUCGCACGUUAACGACGGUGUAUUCGUGAGCAAGGGUGAACGUUUGGUUGUGCGAUUGAAGACGGGGGUAUCACCCAGGGGAAAUGGUUUCCAUGCGAUCUUCAAGACGUUGGCUCAUGUGAACGAACAACGAUUUAUAACUCUUUCGAACAAGACAACUGGGAUGCUGUAUUCGCUCAACUACCCAGAAGCGAUGCCAUAUGAUGUCGACUACACGCAGCACUUAAUCGCUCCGCUUGGCGAAGUCAUCCUCUUGGAGUUGUACGGUGUCGGAUUUAGCCAACAUGGCUGCCACCAAACAGGAUUUAUAGAGAUCUAUGAUAACUAUACGGACAGCAAUGGUACGCUGUGGCACCUAUGCGAACACCAUUCGACAGGUAAGCCGUCAACUGUCGAAUCCGAAGCGAUCAAGAUGACUGAAGUGGAGCAUCAUUAUGGAGCACACGGGGCAGCGAAACUGCGACUACCAGUUGCGUCGGCACAUACACUUGCCAAACCUGCCCCGAUCUACAUUACCUCGUAUCUAAACACGAUCCACAUACGGCAGCGUAAUGCGAAUGGGACAGGAAUACGGCUAAACGCUACCGUACGACUGCAGGAAGAUGUGGGCUACAAGAUGAAGCUUAUCUCCAAUACAGACGAGUGGGUCGAAAGCUGUAAACCGAACCCAUGCCAGUACGGUGGCAAGUGUAUUACUGCCGGCCACAAACGUGGCAUCUGCCAGUGCUAUGGUCACUUCACUGGUCGUUUCUGCGGACUAAAUAUCUGCGAGUUGGAACCAUGCUUCUUUGGGAAAUGUGAACUCACACCCACCAGCUUCAAGUGUAACUGUCAGCCAGGGUUCGUAGGUGUACGGUGUGAUCAACGGCAGAAACCGUGCGCGGAAAAUCCAUGCGAAAGCCGUGGCGAAUGUUUUGAGAAGAAUGGUGGAUUCUUUUGCCGCUGUCACGCUUGGUGGGAAGGUCCACGGUGUGAAAAGCGCAUGAUGCACAUACCGUACAAACCGCUGUCGGAACGGAUGCUGCAGGAACCUUUCUGGCUCGGGUUGAUCACCGUGUUCGUGGUGCUUGCCGUGAUCGGGCUGGUUUGGUGUGCCAAGCGCCAUUUUCCGGAGAAGAUCGAAAAGCUACUCGCCGACGAUACCCAGCUGAAUCGAAGUAAAGUUUGACACCGCUUAUUGCUUCACCGCAGCACCUUUCCGCCGCACCAUCUGAACACUGCCUUGCGCGAGCAGCUGCAGGCUACCGCCGGUACUGUUUCCUCUUCGAACGCCACUACCCCCGCAUCGCAUCGGACGAUCUUUGGACGAUUGGGUAUAAGAAAACCAUCCAUAUUGAGUCUCAGCAGCCCACAGCAAGUUGGAGGGGCUACCGCUAGAACAUUUUCUUUAGAUGAUCUUUUACGGCCCCCUCCUCGACGCACACCAUCACCCAGGAAGAAGCGAAACAAUUCCACACCAACGAAGAAAAACGUCAACGAAAAGAAACAGAUACUGCAGCAGCUGGUGUCACCCGCGCAAAAUGCGGCUACUAAAGUCAGUCAAGUAAGUUUGGGCGAGCUGAUACAGCUCUCGGAGACCCGCCUGAAGGCAAACUAUGCCGAUUCCGAUGCCGGCAUGAAGGAGACGACAUUCUCGGAGAAUUCCCUCUCGGUGACAUCGAUGGUCCGACAGAUCUCCGAUCCAAAGCUGGAGAAGAAGGUGACGUUUGCGCGUCUGCUCAGUAAGGUGUCGGCGGAGAUGAGCUCCGGCUCGGAAGACCUGGCGAAUGGAACGAAGCAUUCUAGUGCCCUAAGUCUUCCAAAUGAGGUACCGCCACGCGCAAAUUCCGUACCACCGUCGCCGUGCACAAACGAAAUCCGGUCGCCCCAUAGUACCUCGUCGAACCAGGGCAGUGAUUCGCUUUCGAGCUCCGAGCUUGCGCUGCACGAUUUUGGCUUGCGCAGCAGCAACCGCCGGACACGGCCGAAGGUGUCAAGCGCCGACUCGAUCUUGGCGAUGUUCAAGAACUUUGCCGCGUCCAGCAGCGCGCUAAAUACGCUUCCCUCGUCGAUCAUCAUCUCGCCGUCAUCCACACCGACCGCGUCCAGUCCGCAGGAUGAUGUGCCGGGCGAUGACGAUUCGUCAACCUCCUCUAAUCACACGCCGGUCAGCUACUCGAGCGGCGGCACGUCCGACUCACCCGUCUUCUACCGGCAGAGCACGAUCGAGGUGCCGGUACUGGAUGCGCUUAGCGCGCACAAGUCGUCCACGAACACGACGACAAGCAGUAGCUCAUCCGCUAGCUCGACACAGCUGCAUCCGCCCACGAUACUGCUCGAGAUACCGAGCAACGGCAUCAACAACAAGUGUUUGUCGCCGAUUCGGGAAAUGCCGACACCGAUACCAUCACCGGCACUGACGCCAAUCAUGCCCCGGCCGCAGCGUAUGCGCACUCCGCAAUCGAUCCAUGAUGAGUCCAUGUCGGUAACGUUCAACAGUGGCUACGAAGAUUACCACAAGCCCCAUCAGCUAUCAAUUGAAAUACGGCCACCAGACGAACCCGACCGUGGAGAGUACUCUUCCUUGACAACACUAUCGUCCUCGCAAAGCGACACCACAGUCGAUGGUCCCGCCGGUCUCGGUGUGCCGAUGAUAUCGAUCGACAUCCAUCCACCGACGCCAGAACAUAAGAGCCCCGAGCGGCCGCGCGAUUUGAUCAUUCCAGCGCUAGUGAUACAGCAACCGAGCCCAACGAAGGAGCGUACGACCGUGGUGGUAAUACCCGGUUCUCCGCCACCGCAACGCGCCAACCACACAUUCGACGCUAGCAUACUGUCGAACACCGGUUGCAAGCAGCAGCAACAGAAGAGAUUUCUAAAGCAGUGGGAAAAGCCAACCUCACUCGAUCUUCCGUUCGAGCCGCCAAUGAUAACGAUCACCUGCAACAGCAAUGAGGUGGUGUCUGAUGCGGAUGUGCCUUCACCAGCACAUCCGAUCGGAUCGAAAGCUUCGAAAUCGAAUGGUGCCGGGGGCCUCGGUCCUCCCGGUGGCAUGUGCUACCUGAGUCCGUUCUCGAUGUGCAUACGCGGUGAUCGUGCCCCGUCAGAAAGCAAUCUCAGCUCGUCCGGCUACUCUAGCAUGGCGAGCCCCGGUCCCAGUCGCUGCGGAUCCAACAAUCCACUCUUUCCAAACGAAUCAGACGAGCCUGGAUCAGGUCCUGCCGGUCCAGGUGGUUAUUCGGGAUUUCACUCACUGAUUAACAAUCGACGACAAUCAUCUAAUGUAAGGAAAAAGUCUGCGGAUAAUGGCAACGGUACUGGAGUGGGCAGUACAAACACCGGUCAAACUGGCUUUGGACACCAUCAGCCUUCCUCGUUUCGUCUGCGUUCGGACUCGGAAACGUUGUCUGACGAGCCACUGUUGGAGUCGAACGACGAAGGCAUCGGUACGGACCAUCUAGACGAGAAAAUUGAGGAGGGCGAAAUCCGUAGCGCCAAGGAGCUGGAGCUGUACCUCGGCAAGGAAUUGAUUCAAACAGGGCAAGACAUUCUCAGCCAAGAGAACUUAUCGAUGUCGCAGCUGCAGCUUCCUGCCAUCGUCAUCCAGUCGGAUGCCGGGUACGAUAAGCCGUCCCCCGUUUCGUCCCGCUCCGACAGUCCCCUGAGCGAACGUAAUGCCAGCAUGGAGCGAUUUUCUCCCAUGUUCUACGGCAAGAAGGAUCAGCAUCUGCCCUUUACGGAUUCGGAUGGACUGUACGACUUUCCUUCGUCCGACGGCAAGGGAGGCACGGGUAGUACCAUCGCCACCGCACACCGCAAAUGCAUCGGCCGCAGAAAGGAUCGGCGCGUGGCACGCUCCGGUCUGGUCGCAGUCCAGUCGCCCUCCAAGUCUACCUCCGUGCUGUUGGAGAUACCCGGCAGCAAGGAAAACGUUUCCCAGCACAGCCAGCACAACAACAGUGGCGGAAAGUUCAUCAGCACAGCGCAAACCACUCGCAAAAGUCCCAAGCGACGCGUGCAUCGUCAGCCGUUGGCAAGCAGCUCCUCGUCUACGGAGUCGCUGACGUCCAUGCGGGAAUACGCGAUGCGAUCAUGCAAAGAACAAGCUGGCGUAUCACAUGUCACUACCACGAAAGAUUCGGUUGAAAUGUGCGAUCAUGGCGAUCAUAAAGGUGAGGAGAUAUCUAGCAUCCAAAUGUUACCGAAACCAGCACCGCCGGAGGAUAUGCGCAAGCCGCCGUACAAAAUACGACGGCUGAAGGCAAUUGGCAAUCAGAUAAGGUUUUUGCGUCGACUAGAGCGAUCAAUUCACCGUAAAGAGCAACCGUCUCAGCCAUCUGACGAGGACAUGAAUGAGAGUGGUAGUAUGAAGGAUUCGCCAAAGAUGUCGUCACCGUUGAUCCGAUUCAAACAAUCCCAAAUAGACGAGGAAGACGAAUCGGAGGAGGACGAUAGUAAGAACAAAUACUAUUCCAACGUACUGAACAAGCAACAACAACAACUCCAGCAACAGCAACUUCUGCUGCCCGCGGAGGGUAACGCAGUCAACUCCAACGCUCGCCAGCAUUGCAAGAUAUCGCGACAGAGACGUGUUCCUAGCCAUGAUUGCUACGCAGCAAAACCAUGGUCCGAGGCGGAAUGCAAGCUUCUCGGGGGUGAAGUAAACAGUGACUGAAGAAAUUAGUUAGACAGCAUUCAACCGUUCAACCGUGACUCGUGUACUGUCCGACUUAUAUUUGCACAAUAUAAGUUAAAUUUAUAUUUCUUCCUUCCAACAAGAGGGAAGACGAAAAAUUCGUGAAUUUGCUUAACGCUAAGGCUUUGACAACAAGCUUUGACAAGCAUUGACACCAGCCAGUCACUAUAUGAAGGUCGUUAUGAAAAUUACAAGCAAAGGAAAAAAAACAAACACUAAUUACCAGGUACUAAAAACGGUGUAGUAGCCAUCAGACAGUUGAUUAGUGUACUAUGCCUCGACGGUGACGUUGCUGGGUUGUAGCUUGAACGCCUGCAGAACUUGCAAAACCUUCAUAAUCUCAUCUCUGCAACUCCUGCGUAUACUCUGACAAUUCAACUGGAGCCUUCACUGUUCAGUUGUGACGUGAACGUCUGGAGAUAUUGCAUUUAUAAUUCCAUCUCAGCAACUCCGGCAAACACUCCUGAAGGACAUCUGCAGUCUUCGACUGACUACACGCAAAAAGGAGUCAGAAAUUCCAAAAAUCCCGUAAAAUUCGGAAAUCUCAUCACUUUCCAGAUGUGUCACAACCCAGCGCCAAAUGGCGCCGAGCAGGACGAUUACACAUAUGCCGUUGACUUUAAAUGACAUAUAGCAAUAUAGGAUAACUACGAAAAAAACACAAAUAUAUACAACAAAGAAAAUCAUGAAAAAUACAGUUUACAGCUACAUAUGACGCAUUCUAACUCGUGUUACGAUAUUUUUGAUCAGUGCUAGAGUUCUAUUAAAUACUUAAAAUUAACACUGAAACAAACGGGCAUAGAUGCAACAGCAACAGCAAAACAAACCAAAAAUACAAAAAUCCUGACGUACUCCGCGCUGCUAUAUGAAGAAUUUGGCAAAUAUUUGUAUGUGUUCAGUUGAUCUAAACGUUUUUAGCAUGUUUGCAUAUCGCAUAUAUUGUGAAUAUGUAUCAUAUAAUAUAUAGAAGUGAACUAGAAGCGUGCAAAAAAAAUUUAAAGGAAUAGUAGUAACGAAAAAUGACAAAAAAUGAAAGCAGCAAGAAGUAGUAGCGUGAAAAAAGGAGCAUAUUGGGGUACUUACAUUUUUUCUACAGAGGACAACUUCGACAUUCGCAGGAUGGAAAAUAUGCACUACAUAGACAGGCACCGCGCUCCAGUGCGCUCACGUACACUCACACACAACUGCACUCACGCAUAUAAAUACACUCACAAACACUGUCGCAAAUAUUAUCUCACUUGCAUAAGAUAGCACACACCCAGGAUUAGUAAAGCUGAAAAUUUAUCGAAGGCAAAAAAAAAGAAACAUAACUACUUGAUACAUCACCCGAACAGAGACUGAUUUUCUAACAUAAGAGAAACCAAGCAAAAAAAAAAGUAAUCGAAUGAGUAGAAAGCAUUAGAAAGGAUCCCAUACUGCGAUACUGUUCACAUUUGUUUUUCUUUUCUCUCAUGUUCAAUAUAAGUGUCGUAAUUAUCGAAUUAAUGGAUCACGGCUAGAUGUUAUUGUUUCGCUACAUCUUGACGAUGCACCUUAGGUUUUUUGCCGGUAAAUAUGUACGGCUUAUUUACAUGUGUGUCCUGUGUGUGUUACUUCUAAAACUGCUGCACGGAAAAAAUUUUUCGAUUCAAUUGGUGCAAAACAGACUAACGUAUAUUAGUGGUGUAGUGAUCUAGACGAGACGACCGGUGCUGUCUCAACAUCGUGGCAGGCGUACGUAGUAGAUGUUGUUUUCAUAAAUUAAAGCCAUUCACGCACACGCUCAUGUUACAAUCAUUGUUGUUUUGAUCAACUCUAGUUAAUGCCUAGCGGAAUGAGGGAAUAUAUAUUGGGGGAAGGUUGAAAGGAUGAUCGGAGGGCCCGUGAACCAUUGGCAAACGAUGCUAUUUUAACGUAUUGUACGACAUAAUAGUUCAAAUAGGAGGUGCCAGAGUCAUGCUGUCAGGCGGUAGUGUGUACUUCUUUAAAUGUGGUGUGUUUUUAUGUUAAUUUCCGUCGCAACUGCAAGUCAAGUUGCUCAAACCUGGGGCAAGAAUCUCAAACAUGCUGUCCACCUUGCCCGCGUGGAUGUGUGCGUGGUUUUCGAUACAUAAAAACAAAAGCAAACAAAAAAAAACACGAAAAAUGAAGCAAAAUCAUACAAACAAUAUUAGCUUUAAGUCUAUUGGGAAAAUAAAGGAUACGGGUUCAGCGAUCUACAAAUCCCAAUUCAAGAUUUGCCUUCCACAUACACACCUUCAAAACUAGUCACACACACACUUCUUACACAAAACAUGUACUCUUAAACACAAAAUGUGUAAGUUUUGUGUUGAAAAAACUAAACGACUACGUCCUAAGCUUUCGAUACUAUUAAGUAGCAUAAACUAUUGUUCCGUUAACUGUUGAUUGUUUUGAAGCGAUUUUGUAAUGCCUACAUUUAGAAACUAUACGGAAAGGAAAAAAUUAACUACAUGCACCUACGUCUACAGAGAUUUAACUAGGACCAAAAUGAUGUAUAAUCAUACCUAAAAAACAAAAAAGCCCAAACGUAAGAAAAAAAACAAAAAAAUGCCUUCUGUGAUAAGAUUUGAAUGCCGUGGCAAACCCGGAGAAAAACGAAGGGGUGUUUAAAACCGAAAAAGGGGAAAGGAAAAAUCCACGUGUAUUUUCCCCAUUCUGUUUAGUAUUUCAUUCGGUAUAGUUUUUAGGGAUCGAUGGAGGUUUUUUGCGAGGUUCUCAUAUGCCUCGACCACAAAAAGGAUACGUUUGAGAACAUAAUUCUUGUUGAGAGAAUCGUCGUAGUAAAACUCUCGUUUUGAAUGCAAUAGCGGUUUUUUUCCCCAAUUGCAUUAUCACGUUAUUAUGUUGUGUUUUCCGUGAUUCGUAGUAACAGAGAGAGAGAGAGAGAGUGAGAGAUAAAGAGAAAUGAAAAGGGAAAGAGAAACACAUAAAAAAGGAGUUAAAAACGUAGAUAGCACUAUUUUUGCACGAAAAAAAAUCUCUAACUGUUCAUUUUCCCAAAAAAAACUAAUAGCAAUAAACCAAAAGCAACAUUUAAAUAGUUAAACACGUCGGCGUGCGUCGGAAGGUAUCGAAAACCACGGUACUUACAAAUUACUUUACAAGCAAUGUAUUUCUUAAUGCUGGUAAUAGAUGUUUUAACGGUUAAUUGCAAAUCACACUAGGUUAAGCAGGGUUCAAGCAAAAAAAAAACACGUAAAAU